UGUGGGGAAGAAGGGAGUGGGUGUGGAGGGCGUUGGAGUGAAUACGAUGGUGAAUGAGCUGAAUGAUAGGGUAAGUGGCUUUAUUCUCGGCUCUAGUCCGCCAGGCCUACUAUUUUCCCUUCUUACUUACCUACUCCUUCUAUGUAUUCCAUCAAGUUUGGACCCGGGUUGGGUCCGGCUAAGAGACCGUUCGAUGGGUAUAUACCUACCUACCUACCGUAUCUUAAGAGAAGUGUCAGAUUGGAGCGGGCCGGCUCACCAAGACGUCGUCGACUUGACACGGGACAACGGAGCGUAAACCAGAGGGAAGCCAGUUCGGUUGCUUGAUCGCCGCCAUUGAUUGGGCUUACAAAAUACACCGUUGCUGUCUGUCUGCGACCCCUGGACCCGUUCUCCCUUGCGUAUCACUUCCAUCCUACUUCCGCAUACCCAAGGCACCAAGCCGUCUCAUCCCACCCCUCAUUACCCAACCAUAAGCGAUUAGCACAUCGGCACCGGCACCGGCACCGAGAUGGCCUCGCCGGAGCACCACGUGGUGGACAUCCACACCCACAUGUACCCCCCAGCAUAUAUCCGGCUCCUCGAGUCGCGGUCUAGUAUCCCCAUGAUCCGGCAGUACCCCGGCGGCGGGCCGCCGCGGCUCAUUAUCCUCCGGGACGAGGUCGACGCGAUGAACAGCGUCGCGACCGCCGACGCUUCAUCGUACUCCUCUUCGCAGCAGGACCCUCCGGGCCGCCCCGUUACCACUCACUACUCGUCCCUGGAGCAGAAGCUGCACUUCAUGGACACCCAUGGAAUCGACGUCUCAGUCGUCUCGCUCGCGAACCCCUGGCUCGACUUCGUCGCGCCCGAGGAGGCCGGCGAGACCGCCCAGGCUAUCAACCAAGACUUCGAGGACAUGUGCGUCACCACGACCACCGGCCGGGGCAACGCGGGGAGUAGCCACCCCCGCCUCUACUUCUUCGCGACGCUGCCGCUCACCGCGCCACCCGAAGCCCUCCUCGCGGCCGUCGAGCACGUGCGGGGUCUGAAGCACUGCCGCGGCGUCAUCCUCGGCACAUCGGGGCUAGGCGGCGCCGGCCUCGACGACCCGGCGCUACUACCCGUGCUAGAGUCCCUCGCUGAGCGCCGGCUGCCCGUGUUCCUGCACCCGCACUACGGGCUCCCCUCGUCGGUGUGGGGGGGGCGCGGCGCUGCCGGCGCUUACGGGCAUGUGCUGCCGCUCGCGCUAGGUUUCCCCGUCGAGACGACGGUGGCAGUUGCGCGAAUGUACCUCGCGGGGGUGUUCGACGCUGUGCCGGCGCUGCGGCUCGUGCUCGCGCACGGCGGCGGCGCGCUGCCGUUCCUCGCGGGCCGCAUCGAGAGCUGUGUGCGACACGAUGGCAAGCUCGUGGGCGAGGCCAAGUCGCAGACGUCGAGUGGCAGCAGGAGGAGCAUCUGGCAAGUCCUCCGCGAACAGGUAUACCUCGACGCUGUCGUCUACUCCGAGGUCGCGCUGCGCGCGGCCAUCGACGCCGCCGGAGGCGCCGACAGGCUCAUGUUCGGCACUGACCACCCCUUUUUCCCACCCGUCGGGGCUGGCGAGGACGCCGAGCAAGGCGUCUGGGAGAGCGCGGCGGCGAAUGCGAAGGCGGUCGCCGCUGCCCUGGGCGAGGGGAGCGCGGAGGCGAGGGCGGUUAUGGGCGGGAACGCUAUUAGGGUCCUACGUUUGCAUGAGGAAGGGGAUUGAUCAUCCGAUCGAUCGGCCGAUCAGCUUAUGGGGUGGUACUUGCGAAACUCGAAGGCGAGGGGAUCGUAGUAACUUGCUCCUACCAGGGAUUUGCUACAGCAGUGACUCGGUCCUUGUUGGGAGAUCGGGAACAAGCCAGGGUCCGACUUGUAACUCUGGUUAUCUGUGUCGUCUCAAAAUCCCAAACCGGUUUAAAUGGGCAGGUCUAGCGAAACUUGGUUGGGUAUUCCCCACCGGGGUCUAAAGCUAUAAAAGGAGGUUUCGAGAUAAAAUCUACCCCCUAUUAAGUCACCCACGUUGAGUAAACCGAGUCCACCCAUUACGGGUUAUG